CCACAAUCUGUGCCAUGGCGGAAGCCCACGAAAAAAUAGCCUACGACAUGUACAACCCCAACCGGUGCAACGUGUGCUUCGCGCUAGACGGCUACCACCCAAGACCACCCGAAACAAGCAUUGUGUGCCCUUGCCAACUGGCCGUUUAUUGUAGUCCGGAACACAAAGCGCUAGACGAGCCCACACAUUCCGAAUUUUGCCAGGCAGUGCAGCGCUUGGUGCGCGGUACCAUGGUUGACCACAUUCUUGCCGUUGUACCGGCUCGUUUUCACGAAAAGCUGAGCGUCAACGAGAAGCACAAAAUCGUCACUUGCCUGAUGUAUAUUUUAGAAAACCAUUUAAAUCGAACGUUGUUCCACUACGAGGCUGAAAUGCUGAAGUUUUCUGUGGCGUGUAAAGUUUGCUUCGAGUAUCACCGGGAACGGUUGAUGUUUUGUGAGGGCUGUAAGCAGGUUGCUUAUUGCAGCAAGCGUCACCGGGAACAGGACAGUGAGAACCAUUCGCAAUGGUGUAACGCGUACCGCAUUUCUUCCAUGGUGGAUAACAAAUGUGCUGCAAUCGACCACGCAGGAUCAAGUAUUACGGCCCUUGACGAAGGCGAUCUGAAGGCGUUGCCAUCCAACGCGUUCGAGUUGGCGAGUACAGCCCUGCAGCGAACCAUUAUAAACCCCAGUGCAGUAAAUGACAUUCCUUUGGAGCCAAUCCAAGAAGUGGAGAAUAUUAAAAUCGCCGAGGAGUUCAAUUUUGUCGGUAGCAUCUUAUACACGCUACGGGCUACAAAUGUGACCGAGGAGAUACACGACACGCUGAACGUCUUCAUUGUCGGUGCAAGAAAAGAAAUCUUGUGGUUCACUAAAGUCCACUGUGGCACGCUCUUCUCGUAUGUCCCAAAACUGCGUAAGAUCACGUUACACUUCAUCGGUCCGCAGCUGCUAAAAUUUGGUCAAAUCACACUGAAAUACGAUGAUGGUCGACGGGUGGAGCUCAACUGUCACCCCAAUUUGUAUCACCAGCUAGCGCCAAACGUAGCGCUCGGUGAUCCGCAUCUGAUCGCAAUUUUCAACUGCGGUUUUCACGAAAACCGGGGAAUGCCGAGCGAUACGUGGCCCGAAACGAUCCAGCUUUUGCUCGACAUUCCCAACGUGCCAAUCAUGUUCACGUCGUACACUCACACCGAAGCACUCGAAGAUGUGACGGUGGUGAUGAGUGAAGCACGUGCGAUGGGAUGCCGAGAGCAGGUGACGGUCAUUAAGCGUGGGCUAGUGAAUCCUUUCCGUGGUGGCGUACCGUUAAAAAAUUUCGAAACUAUCGAUAGCCCGGAAGAGUUGUACUACAACAACGGAUAUUUGACCAUCAUCAAACGGAAGCCGUCCUAAGGAAGCAACAUUUUGAAGUACAAUUUUUUGUCUAUGGCCAUCACAACCGUCUUUAUACGAGCGUGUUUUGCUCCUCAAUCUCUUGGUAUUGGUUUACCAUUUAAAUCCAUUUUAGAAUAAUGAACAACGCAACGGUGCCAUUUGAAGACCGAUCCUUACGAUUAUGAGAUGCCAUUUUAGUGGCUGCACAUUUACUCUUUUUAUGUAUUUUUUUUAGUUUUUGAAAAACUUUACUGAAAAGAAGCAUUUGAAUUAGUGGCUAAUGUCAAGUAUAGCACAUAAGGAUUAUUUACACGCGGUUAAGUUGAGGGGCACAGCGAAGAAUUACAUCUCUAGACCAGAAUCUACCUAAACAAGGCGGAAACUAAGAAUCUUACAUCACGAAUUUAUU